ACAACACCACACUGUCUCCCUCUCUCUGCGGAUCGCACCAUCACACGGAGCCAACGUGAACUUGUGCGAUCAAAGCUAACAGAUGAAUACUUCAUCCCUGACCCACAUAUUGGCGAUAUAUGAGGCUCGCUGAGCGGAGCUCCGCCGUAGCUUCCAGCCCGAUCUCCUCCUGCCACGGAGAGCCUCGUCUCCCGGUCCUCCUCCUCCUCCUCCUGCCGGAUCACCUCCUCUUCCCGCUCCCUCGUCUCGCUUCCAGAAGGAGGGAGAAGCAGGAGCGACACGAGCCGAGGGAAGAGGCAACAGAGACGGGGAAAGUAAGGCUGAGGAAUUCUCCAUGGUUUCCUGCGUGAUUUCCAUUUGAAGGGACCCUUUUGAGGAGAGGCGACUUCAGCCGGCUAAUUAACUGACGUGACACUCUGCUGCUUACGUCCAUUUCACAAUACAGAACCUCUGACUCAGGCUGGGUCCCCGACUCUCGUCUCCCAGCUUUCCACACCUCCAUCUUUUCAUCUUCCACCUCUGAACUUUCCCUGGCUCUUGGCCUCAGCCUCCCUGUUCCCCUCCCCAGCCUUGGCGAGUCUACCCUGUGGUGCUGAGGCCAUGGCAGUGCCUGGUGCCCACGAGUUUCACUGGCAGAGCCUCGCCCGACUGCCCAGCGGCCGCGUCUACCACACUCUCUGUGAGGUGGGGGGCCAGAUGUACAUGCUGGGGGGCUGCGAUGCUGCUGGGAGGCCCUGUCAGGCCCUGGAGCUCUAUUCCCCUGAGGGGGACCGGUGGCUAAGCUUGCCCCCCAUGCCCACCGCUCGGGCCGGUGCAGCUGUGGCAGUGCUCGGAAAGCAGAUACUGGUUGUGGGUGGAGUGGGAGAAGACCAGAGUCCUCUGAAGGUGGUGGAGAUGUACAACACAGAGGAAGGGCGGUGGAGGAAGAGGAGUGCUCUUCGGGAGGCGCUGAUGGGCGUAUCCAUCACUGUGAAAGAUGGCCGGGCUCUGGUGGUAGGGGGAAUGGGUGCUGACCUGCUCCCUCGUAGCAUCUUGCAGCAGUAUGACCUUCGAAAAGAUGUAUGGGCGCUACUCCCUCCAAUGCCGACCCCGCGCUAUGAUGCCAACACACAUCUGCUGGGCAACAAGCUGUAUGUUGCAGGCGGCCGUCAGUGUAAGCGACCGGUGAAGGCUUUUGAGGUUUAUGACACAGAGACACGUUCUUGGACUACGCUACCCAUGAUGCCGUGUAAACGCUCAUAUGGGGGUGUGAUAUGGGACUCAGCUGGGAGGCUUUGUCUGCUAGGAGGACUGCGUCAGGGUGGAGGACACCAAAGCUCCAAGUUCACCAAAAACGUCAAUAUCUUUGACACCAACCAAGGCGCUUGGUUGAAGUCAGAGGAGACGGUGGCCAUGAAAACAAAGAGAGCUGACUUUGCUGCUGCCUUUCUGCGUGGCAGGAUGGUGGUCGCAGGAGGACUUGGUCAUGAGCCCUCAGCUCUUGACACAGUGGAGGCCUUUCAUCCUCAGAGGAAGAAGUGGGAGAGGAUGGCUCCCAUGACCUUCCCCAGAUGUUCCACCUCUUCCAUCGUCAUCAGAGAUCGCCUCCUGGUGGUAGGAGGAGUCAACCAGGUUCCCAGCUGGGCCCACGAGAUACUUUAUGUCAAAGAAGAAGAAUAUCUGUAGCCUGUAGAGACCGACACCAGAAGAACGUGGCUAAACAGUGAUUCCACUUCCUCUAUUCUGAACGAUACUCCUGAAUCAGAUUGAAGUGCGAUAUUUAGGAAGCGGUGAAACAGAUGGGUGAGAGUCUGAAUGUCUCAUGUAAAAGAUAACACUGCCCCCUGCUGGGCUUAGCUGACAGUGAGACCCACAUGCUAGCACUCAUACAUUAUGCACAAUGGAGGGGCUGGCUCUUUCUUUACUUACCUUGAGACUUAUGUGACACUUCUGCAUUGUACUUUGUAGUGCAUACUUUAAGAAGGAACUAUUUUGUAGCUAUUAUGUCUAAUAUUGUAGACAAAAUACACAGAAGACCAAUUUUACUGCAUAUAUGCAUUUCAUGUUUACUUUUGUCUUUAUGUGUUUAUGUGACGCUCGUUCACAACUAAGCAGUUGUACACAGAGUGAAUUGCACACUUUUAAUCAAGAUUUUUAAUUAGUUCAAUGACAUGACUGCAAUAUUGUUGUGUUAUUUAGCUUGAUUAAUAAACUGUACUGUAACAAAAUUUGCACUAAAGCGAUUAACACUGCAUGGGGGUUUUACCGCUGAUAAUUUCUAGUGUAAUGUGUUGUAGUAAUUACACUUUAAAUGCUGUAAUGUCAGAUAUGAUGUAAUACAUUGCAUAAAUGAAAGGAAACAGUGUAUUAAAUAACAGUAUGUGUGAUGUUUACAUAAUUACUAGAUUGCUGUUGUAGGCAAAGGGGCAGUUCCAGUUUGACUUAGAGACUGAUUUUUACACAUUUUAUUUCAACAGCAAUACAGUUUUUGGUUUCAUUUUGUGCAACAUGUGCUGUGCAGUAAUAGCCAUCCCUUAAUGUUUCACUCAGGUUGUGAUGGAACACAUCGGUUUUUGUGAGUGGUGUUCUUUGUUUGCUGUUCUUGUAGCCAGCAACAAACCCUUUGGCUGGGGCUGUUAUGUAACAGAUCACUUAUUUCAGAUUUCUAUAUCCUCUUCUGUAAAAUUUUAUUUGAUUCUAAAACAUGAUCAUGAUAAACUCUUGUUCUGUCCUACAGGCAACCAUGUCAUGUAAUAUUGAGGACAUGAGUGGUCUUAUUCAAUGAAAUAAAUUGAACCUCUUGUU